AUGUCAACUCCUAAAAACAAUGAAGAUAAGCCAGAAUCAUCAAAAGAUUUCGAUAUAAAUGAUUUGGUUAAACUCGAGAGUAUUACCCAAAAAGUUCUUGAUCCCAACAACGAGAAUCCUCAUAUGGGCGAAUACAUCAAAGGUACUUUUUCUUACAUUGCCAAUGCCAUGAUUAAAAUGCAAACCACCAACGAUAGACAAGCUACUGCUAAAGAAAUCGCUGAAGAUUUGUCCCAAAAGUUCGAUGACUGGGUCAAGAGUAGAGAAGCAGCUAAAGAGAACCAAUCUGCUGAAGAUACUACAGCCAACAAAAUAGAAGAAUCAAAGCAAUGA